GUUUAAUAUUGAAUGAGAAUAGGAUUUUUUCUUUUGAGAUAGGGAAUAGGAGUUGACAAUGGUUAGAAACUAGAAAGCGACAAAUGUUUACUGCCGGAGCAUCACAGAAGAUUACUCUCAGACUCAUGGCUCCCAAACCCAAGCCUUCACUCCACUUAGCAGGCGCUAGAUGGGAAAGUGUAGCAAAAAAGCCUAGAAUGAUGACAACUGACGCUUCUUUUACUGACGCUUUUAGCAAGUAUGCUGAAUAUCUUAAUAACCUUAAUGACAAGAGAGAGAGAGUAGUCAAAGCAAGUCGUGAUAUCACAAUGAACAGCAAGAAAGUCAUUUUUCAAGUGCACAGAAUGGGCAAAAGUAACAAAGAUGAAGUCCUAGAUAAGGCAGAGAAGGAUCUACUAGCAUUGCGAAACCAAUAUGUCUCUCGACUUGUAAAAGAACUCAAUGGGACCGACUUUUGGAAGCUGCGACGUGCAUACUCUCCUGGGGUUCAGGAAUAUGUUGAAGCUGCAACACUCUGCAAGUUCUGCAAAACUGGAACUCUAUUGAAUCUUGAUGAGCUAAAUGCUACUUUCUUACCAUUAAGUGAUCCUUCCGUUGAGCCUCUGCAGAUUAAUGUACUUGACUACCUUUUGGGGCUUGCAGAUUUGACCGGAGAGUUAAUGAGAUUGGCUAUUAGCCGAAUAUCAGACGGUGAACUUGAAUUUGCUGAUAAGAUAUGCAGAUUUGUACGUGAUCUGCAUAGGGAGCUCACCCUUCUCGUUCCAGGGAUGGAUGACAACCAUGAUAUGAAAACAAAAAUGGAUGUAAUGCUUCAAAGUGUGAUGAAAAUUGAAAAUGCUUGCUUUAGUGUACAUGUGAGAGGAUCCGAGUACAUUCCAUUGAUUGGCUCAAAUGAUCCUAGCUUCACAUUAAUGGGAGUACCGGAUAUGGAGCCGUAAGUAAUCGCUGGUGUCUCAAAGUCUCAGUAAGCUCUUGUUUUUGUUCUCUCAUCUGGUGGCAUCCCGUAACUCUUCAUGCUCGUUAGUUAUGGAUCCCUUAUUUGUCAAAUAACAGCGACUAUUAUGGUUCCAAUAAGCCGGAGAUCCCUCAACAAAGACUAUUAUUAAAGUGUUAUAAAGUGGUUGCUGGUUGGUUUAGAUUGGUAGAUAAAGAAUGAUUGCUAGAUGAAUAUGCAAUUUAGGGGCAUGGCACUGGCCUGGAUUUAGGUGCUGGCCGGAAAAUGUUAAGUUCAUCGUUAUGAUACUAAUUGCAAGGGCCUAAGGUAGCUUUAGAACUUUGCAAUGUUGGUUAAUGUUUAUCUCAAAAAGAACUUUGUAUGCCAAUGAUGAUCUUCAAAAACCAUUGGAGGGUUAUUUUGAAAAAAAAAAAAAAAUCGGGCAAAUAUUUUAUUUUUUCCCUAUAAGGGUUGUUUAGAAAGGACUUAUGAAUUGACUUUUUAGUGUCUACUUACAUAUCCUUAAA